UAGGUAUCAUCUUGGGGUGGAUAUGUGUUCUUAAUAAAUUUAAUACCAAUGCAUGUAUUUGUUUUGAUGGUUAAUGGACGUUUUUCACAUUGAAUUUAUGUAGCGUAUAGUACAGUAUAUUGUAUUGGUACUAUAUUGUCAAUGCAAAUAUCAUUUGUUUGGUUCCAACCAGUCCAAACUUCUGAACAUAAUAUGAUGGCUUUAGGUGUAUUUGGUUUAUGUCAAAUACUUGGUGGGAUAAAUUACAUGCGAACAAAGAUUGUUGGUGAUGAUUUUCAGACAUURUUACAGUUUAUUAUAUAUAAUCGGAGGCAUUGUAAUUGCUUUUGGUACUUUACUUACAAUAACUGGAAAAAUUGCUCCAUGGACUGGCCGUUUUUAUACAUUAUUGGAUCCAUCUUAUGCUAA